UCCACUCUCAAGUGAGAGAACUAAGAAUCUCCAAUUCAAACCCACAACUAAAAAAAAUCCUUAUCUUCUCAUUUUCUCUCUUGUUUUCAGUUUUUGGAUAUGGAAAGUAGCAGUGAAGUGUCGAGCAGGCUUCAAUAUAUUGAACAAUAUUUACUUGAUGAAAAUCAAUUUCCUCCUGUGGGAUUGUGGAGCUUUUUAAAUGAAAAUCAAUGGACAAAUUAUCCGAAAUCCGAGGUUUCCACCUCUCAAUCUCACUCUCUUUACUCUCAAACUUCCACCUCUGAUUCCUGUCUUACAGCAUCCAAUUUUAAUAGCCUUGACGAAGAUGAUUUCUUCAACUUCUCUACCAGUUUCCCAGGUUUCGAGUCUAACCAUAGUGAUGUUUUCGAAUUUGACUCCAAACCUCAAUUUAUCCAUCUCACCACGCCUAAGCCUCUCACUUCCGACGCCACUGCUUGUGAAUUCCAAGUGAAAUCUCGAUCUUCUUCGAAUUCGACUUCCAAUUCUCAGAGUCGAAAACCUUCGCUGAAAAUCUCGUUGCCGCAUAAAGUGGAGUGGAUUCAGUUCGGCAAACCGGAUUUAACCGAGGUAAAGCCGAAGAAUUCAAAUACCGAAGAGAGAAGUAAGCAUUACAGAGGAGUCCGACAAAGGCCGUGGGGAAAGUUCGCAGCCGAGAUCCGAGAUCCUAACCGAAAAGGUUCACGGGUCUGGUUGGGAACUUUUGACACCGCCAUAGAAGCCGCAAAGGCUUACGACCGAGCCGCCUUUAAGUUACGUGGCUCAAAAGCGAUUCUUAACUUCCCUCUCGAAGCUGGGAAGUUGGAUGUAAUCGCCGCUGACGGAGAGAGGAAACGGAGCAGAGACGACGGCGCUGGGGAUGAGAGAGAAGUUAAAGCCGUGAAGAGAGUAAAUGAUGAUGUGACUAAAGCGAGAGAUAACGGCGAUGCGCCUUUAACGCCGUCAAAUUGGACAUCAUUUUUGGAUUGCGAUAACGACACGAAGGGGUUAUUUAACAUGCCAUUGUUGUCGCCGUUAGGCUUGCACCAAGUUAUAGUCAUCUAGCGACGAUAAGUCGAUAAUGUAUAUAAAUUGUUUUUAUUUGUUUUUUCUUUCAAUUCACUUAUUGAAUAAAUCGAUCCAUGGUUUUUUUAA